AGAUGAGAGGGAGAUCUAGAGAGAGAGAGAAUCCAGGCCCACACUGUUCUCGCGUCCAUGUCUUUUCCUCCUCCUCCAAAAAGAAGACUAACUACGGCUUCCAAAGCAAACACCGAAAACUCUGAUCAUAAAGCCAUUCCCACAAAGGAACACCAACAAGAAACAUUAGAGCAAGCUUUUGCUGCCAAAGUUCAAAUCGACAGCAACUUUAGCCAUCCUGAAUGGAAGAACUCGACAGAAGAGUUUCCACCAGGGUACAGGUUCUGCCCAUUCGACGGCGAGCUCAUUGUCCAUUACUUGCAGAAGAAGGUCAAUAACGAGUCGAUGCCGUAUAACAGAAUUCAGAACGUAAACCUCUAUAUGCACAAUCCAGAAUACCUUGCAGAUCAGUACCCAGUAUUAGGGGAUGAUACAUGGUACUUCUUCUCACCGAGGGAUCGAAAAUAUCGUAAAGGAAAACGGCCUAAACGAGCAGCUGGCGACGGCUACUGGAAAGCAACUGGAGCAGAUAAGCCUGUGGAGCACCGAGGCAUUGCCGUUGGGAAAAAGAAGUCCUUGGUUUUCUAUUUAGGGAAGCCACAAAACGGCGACAAGACCAAUUGGAUCAUGCAAGAGUACACAGUCGAUGCGCCUCCCAGAAUCAAAAAGGACGAAUACGAUAUGAGGUUGGAUGAUUGGGUUCUAUGCAAGAUCUACAAGAAAGCUCCAGGGAAGUCGAAAAAAGGCGGACAAGAAGAAGAACAACAACUAGACGAGCAAGUUGCAUAUACUGUCACAUCGCCUGAGGAAGUCGCUGAUCAAUGUGCCAAAUAUGAUACUAACCAUGUGGAAAAGAAUUACGAUUAUAACUCCAUGUGCAAUGGCUACAUUCCACCAUCUCGCAUUUCUGCGCUGCCUCCGUUUUCAGAUUCUUGUUUUCCGAAUUACGGCAACUUCAGUACAGCAGCUUAUCAUCCGCAGCAGCAGCAGCAGGUUGUCAAUUAUCGGGUUCAAUCGGUCGGCAUUGUACCUCCUCAUGUUCAUCCCACGCAGGGCUUCAUCAUGUCCAAGUACAACAUUCAAGAAAACUUUGGGAGCAUUUCAACAAUGGACAAUCUUUUAGCUCCUCAGCUUCCUCAACUUGAGUCUAUGGAUACUUUGUCAUACUACCAGGGCCUUUUACCGAAUAACCCUUCAACAUCCUCAUUUCUGUAGUGUUGUUUUUUGCUCAGGUCAGAUUUUGAUUAUGUUUUCUCACUAGAUUUUUAGAGAAAGUAAGCCUUUUUGUUUAGUUGUUGUUUACUUGUUACACUAUUCAGGUUUUUGUUCAUAAUUGGAAUAAAGUGUUGUUACUUUUCA